AUGGAUUUCCAGAAGUUAGGGACGCAAGCUGUUUUUGCGUCUAAUGUAGCCUGGGAGCACCAUACCAUGGAUUUGAGCACUGUGAACUGGAGUCUAUCGGGCCCAGCCCUGGACACCAUAGUGCCCGCCUCUAUACCUUCCCAUGUCCACUUAGACCUGUUUAAUGCGGGUGUAAUAGAUGAUCCCUACUAUGGUCUGAAUGAGAUCAGCCUUCGCUGGGUUGGCGAGUCAAACUGGACAUACACGAGCGACCCUAUAUCUGAUCUGUUGAGAGAAUAUGAGUCAACUUGGCUUGUAUUUGAAGGGCUAGACACGUUCGCAAGCAUUUCAUUCUGUGGACAUCAUAUCGCAUCCACGAACAACCAGUUCCGCCAGUAUGCGUUCGAUGUUUCUUCGCCUCUGAAAAAGUGCACGGGAGACCCAACAAUUAGCAUAGACUUUGCGAGUGCUCCUAAAACCGUCGACGCAAUUGCCGCAGACCCAAGUUCACCUCAGUGGCCAGUCCAGCUAACAUCUCAAUACCCAAACCGCUGGUUUAUGCGCAAGCAGCAGUGCGAUUUUGGUUGGGAUUGGGGCCCUGCAUUUGCCCCCGCUGGACCUUGGAAACCGGCGUACUUGGUCCAACUCGAAAAGCCUGGAAAUAUUCACAUCCUGAAUACGGACUUGGAUAUAUACAGGGAGGGCAGUAUCAACCAUCUCCCGCCUGAUCAAAACCAACCUUGGGUUGUGAACGCCAGCAUUGAUUUCAUAGGUCAUCCUCCAGCGGAGCCUCAAUUAUCUGUCGAGAUCAAAGAUUUUGAAUCUGGUGAAAUACUAGCCAGUCAACAAGCCGAGGCUGUUAGCGUCACUGAGGCCUCAAUAACAGGCGUAACCACUUUCGAUAGUCUUUCCCCGAAGCUCUGGUGGCCCUUGGGCCUCGGACCACAGAGUCUAUAUAAUGUAACGAUCACCGUCCACGACGGAUCGGAACAGACCGCACUUUUCAGCAAGCGAACUGGCUUCCGGACAAUAUUCCUCAACCAGCGCAAUAUCACUGAUAACCAACUGGCUCAAGGUAUUGCUGAUGGUGCGAAUUGGCAUUUUGAGAUCAAUGGACAUGAAUUCUACGCCAAAGGUUCUAAUUUCAUCCCCCCUGACACAUUCUGGCCCCGAGUGACAAAGGAGAAGAUGUCCCGGUUAUUGGAUGCCGCUGCUGCAGGUAAUCAGAAUAUGCUCCGCAUUUGGUCAUCUGGCGCAUACCUCCCUGAUUUCAUCUACGACUUGGCAGAUGAAAGGGGGAUUUUGCUCUGGAGUGAAUUCCAAUUCAGUGAUGCCAUGUACCCGGUAGACGAUGACUUUCUUGACAACGUUGCCGAGGAAGUGGUUUAUAACGUGCGACGAGUUAACCAUCAUCCGUCCCUAGCCCUAUGGGCCGGUGGGAAUGAGAUCGAGAGUCUGAUUCUUCCCCAAACCCAAGACGCAGACCCAGAGGGCUAUCCUAAAUAUGUCGCGGAGUACGAAAAACUAUACAUCAGCUUGAUUCUGCCGCUGGUGUAUCAAAACACCCGCUCCAUCACAUACAGUCCUAGCAGCACCACAGAAGGGUACCUUAGUGUCAAUCUUUCCGCUCCUGUACCCAUGACCCAAAGGUACGAGCAACUCGAACCAGGUUCCUACUACGGCGAUACCGAUUACUACAACUAUGACACCAAUGUUUCCUUCGACUACUCUAUCUACCCCGUUGGGCGCUUUGCAAAUGAAUUCGGAUUCCAUAGCAUGCCCAGUUUACAGACAUGGCAGCAAGCUGUUGAUCCUGACGACCUACACUUCAAUAGCACUGUAGUCGUCACCCGGAACCGCCACUAUCCAUCAGAAGGCUUCGGUGAGACGUACAAUGCUUCACGUGGAAUGGCCGAAAUGACCCUGGGAGUUGAGCGCUACUACCCCGUCCCCGAGAACGCAGACCCAGCUGCAAAUUUCUCCGCCUGGUGUCACGCAACCCAGCUAUUCCAAGCGGACUUUUAUAAAUCCCAGAUCCAGUUCUACCGACGAGGAAGCGGAAUGCCUGAAAGACAGCUAGGGUCUCUAUACUGGCAGCUAGAGGAUAUCUGGCAGGCGCCUACGUGGGCCGGUAUCGAGUACGACGGCCGGUGGAAAGUGCUGCACUAUGUUGCGCGCGAUAUAUACCAACCAAUAAUUGUGUCUCCGUUCUGGAACUACACUACAGGCAAUUUCGAAGUCUAUGUAACUUCAGAUCUAUGGGAGUCUGCAACAGGAACUGUGAACCUCACCUGGUUGACUCUCUCUGGAGAACCGAUUCCCAAUAACGCCGGCACACCGACGACCCUCUCGUUCGCGGUUGGCGCCAUUAAUACAACAAGAGUCUACAGCACCAAUAUCAAAGACCUCAACCUGCCAAACCCGAAAGACUCCAUCCUUACCCUUUCCGUGUCCAGCGAAGCAUCUCUCCCCAAUUCCAAGGAACCGGUUUCACUAACCCACGAAAACCACUUCACCCCCGCAUUCCCGAAGGACCUGGCCCUGACUGAUCCCGAGCUCGAGCUCUCAUACGACUCUCAGUCUGAGGUAUUCACAGUAGAGGCGAAGUCAGGCGUAUCUCUCUACACCUGGCUUGACUACCCGGCCGGUUUGGUGGGUUACUUUGACUACAACGCGUUCGUGCUUGCGCCUGGCCAGAAGAAGGAGAUCCGGUUUAUAGUUCAGGAAGAUCACUCGGAUGGAGAAUGGCAGCGAGAGGUUACUGUUCGCAGCCUCUGGGACCAGAAAGUCAGGGAUUAG